GUCAAGAAAACUAGUCCAAUACGAGAAAUCAGAAACUACUAGGAUCUAGUAGUGUUUUUCCUGUUUACAAACAGUAUUUUUAACACGUCGGACAAGGGAAUUCGCGGGUAUUUUUGUACCGUUGUAAACGCGCCAGUCAAUGCCAACUUAGUUUUUCUCGGAUCUUUGGCCUGAAAACCUGUACUAUUCCGCUAACGAAAACACAAAGAAAACUUCGCUGCUUCGAGUUUGAACUGGAACUUUCUGGGGGUCACGAUGUGUUCUAGAGGAGUCUACGUGCCCACCAAUCCUGACGAGUUGACUAUCGUCAACGCUCCCAGUUUCUUGAGGGUCAACUCUUUUGUGGACGAUGAUAAGGCCAUCGAAGGCAAUGAAAGUCCGUCUUUUACCGGAAGUACUUCAUUCAAUGGGGGGGAGCAGGAACUUCCCAAUGAAAUAUCUGCCCCCUACGAGGUGCCCCAGUUCCCCAUCGAACAAAUUGAAAAGAAACUUGCUAUCCAGAGGAAAAUAAACUACAAAGUUUUAGAAGACAGGCGUAGUCACUAUGAGCCUUCCGUGCCAGGGGCGGUCGAAGUUGAUGAACUCGACGAUCAUGACCUUUACGUACCCCAUUUUCAAAGAGUUUCCAUAUCUGGAGAAGAUACCAGUGGGGUACCACUUGAGGACCUUGAAAGGGCCUCAAAACUCAUUAUUCAGGCCCUGGAGAUUAGGAAGAAGUACAUGAAAAUGUCAUAUCAAACCUUCUCCUCGUCGGCUGCCAGAUUCUUAGAUCCCAACAAGGAACAACAACAUCACGAUGAAAAACAGUCGAUUGAAGAUCGAGAUUAUGCCGAGUUGCUGUCAAGAACUGCAAGAACUUCGUUUGACGAUAUUAUGUUGGGAACGCUGACCAAAGAUAACAUCGAGAAAUUGUUAGAUAACGGUUUCCAAGAUCACGGAAUUCAUCCACCAAUCCAUAAGGCUUGGGAAGUUCCUGAUGUUCCGGACACUAACCACAUCCUCAAAAACAACAACGGAGUUUGGAAUGUGUACCUAAAUGAAGAGGAUGUGAAGAAUGGGAAGCCUUGCGACUACGAAUAUCCCGAUGUCGAUAGGUUCACUACCGACUUUUAUAAGAUGUGCAACAUGAUUGCGGAUGGACCACUGAAGUCCUUCUGUUACCGUCGCCUCAGCUACCUUUCCUCCAAGUUCCAGCUCCACGUCCUCCUCAACGAACUCAGGGAGCUCGCUUCCCAGAAGGCGGUGCCCCACAGGGACUUCUACAACAUCCGCAAGGUGGACACUCACAUCCACGCUGCCUCCUGCAUGAACCAGAAGCACCUGCUGCGGUUCAUCAAGAAGACCCUCAAGAACAACGCGGACGAAGUCGUCUCGGUCACCAACGGAGUAUCGAUGACUUUAAGAGAAGUGUUCCAGGUAGAGUCGAUGAAUCUGACAACGUACGAUCUCACCGUGGACAUGUUGGACGUGCACGCUGACAGGAACACCUUCCACAGAUUCGAUAAAUUCAACGCGAAGUAUAACCCUAUAGGUGAGAGCAGGCUUAGGGAAGUCUUCCUUAAGACCGAUAACUACUUGAAUGGGAAGUAUUUCGCUAAUAUAAUAAAGGAGGUGGCCAGCGACUUGGAGGAGUCGAAGUAUCAGAAUGCUGAGCUGAGGUUGAGUAUUUAUGGCAAGAGCAGGGACGAGUGGGACAAGCUUGCCAAGUGGGCCCUCGAUUCUAACGUGUAUUCUGACAACGUGCGUUGGCUGGUUCAAAUUCCUAGACUCUUCGACAUCUUCAAGUUAAACAAAGUUCUAAAUAGGUACCAAGAGGUAAUCGACAAUAUCUUCCUACCACUAUUCGAGGUAACUGUCAAACCGACCUCCCACCCUGAGCUCCACAAGUUCCUUCAGUACGUCAUCGGUUUCGACUCCGUGGACGACGAGAGCAAACCAGAGAAGAAUCCUUUCUUCAACAAGGAUACCCCCACUCCCGACGAGUGGACAGACGAUGAUAAUCCCAACUACGCCUACUAUCUCUACUACAUGUACGCCAACCUGUGCGUCUUGAAUCACUUUAGAAACGAGAAAGGUCUGCAUCCCUUCGUUCUAAGGCCUCAUUGUGGAGAAGCUGGACCUGUUCAGCAUUUGGUCUGUGGGUACAUGUUGUCUGAAAACAUAUCACAUGGUUUGCUGCUGAGGAAAGUUCCAGUGUUGCAGUACCUUUACUACUUGGCCCAGAUAGGCAUAGCUAUGAGUCCAUUGUCUAACAACAGUCUCUUCUUGAACUACCAUCGCAAUCCUUUGCCGGAGUAUUUGGCAAGAGGACUGGUCGUUUCUUUGUCUACUGAUGACCCCUUGCAAUUCCACUUCACCAAGGAGCCCCUGAUGGAAGAGUACAGCAUCGCCGCUCAAGUGUGGAAGCUUUCCAGUUGCGACAUGUGUGAACUGGCUAGAAACAGCGUGCUCAUGUCUGGCUUUCCUCAUAAGAGCAAGCAGUAUUGGCUGGGUCCUAACUAUACGAAGGAAGGAGUAGCCGGUAACGAUAUCGCUAGAACCAAUGUGCCAGACAUUAGAGUCGCUUUUCGGUAUGAAACUCUCAUCGACGAAUUGUCCAACAUCUUCAGGAACCACGGGAAAAUGGAAGGCAAAGAAUAAAUAUUUAUCUUCAUCUUUAAUGGCUGAUUUUUUAGUUGUAAGAAUAAAUUAACAGAUAUAGAUCAAUUGUACUAUAUAUUACUGUACAUGUGUCAAUAUAGGAACGUAGUUUUUAAGGAUUUUCUUUAGUUGAAGUUUUAUUUCUCACAUAUGGUUCGUGAGAGACUAUUAGGAUUGUGAUGUAAUAAAGCCUUAAUGUUUGUAAAAUAUAUUUUUCAUUUUAAAUAUUGAUUUCCAAACAACUUUAUAUAUUUUUUAUAGUGUUUUUUAUAUAUUUUUAGAUUUUGUCGAACUGUGUGAAAUCAGUUCGUAUUAUUGGUGAUAAUAUGAUGUUAUCGAUGAAAUUCAUACAAUAUGUAGUUGUCUACUAGGUUUAUUUUGAUGUAAUGACCAAAUGUACUUCUGAUUAUAAUGUAGUUACUAAAUAAUAAAUUAUUGCAGCAAA